UAAAUGCUAAUUAUUACAAUUGCAUUAAGUUAACUUCAUAUUGCAAUAUGACAAAAAUGAUGAAAAGUUCUUAUUCUGGAGAGAUCAUUUCCUUUUUAAUGUUCUUCUGUCUGGCCGCCACAAAGUCUCUUCAAAAAUGCGUAGAACCAGAUACAUUUCCGCGCAUGAGUUUUGAACAACAUAUCAACACCACAAAAGCGCAGUCAUACAGUAUCACUCCCGGAUGGUACGAGAAAAUGGAGACGGCAGACAAAGUUCCAUCCGAAUAUAUUAAUAUAACACAUAGCCACUACUUAGGCAGCCAAAAAUGUAGGAAACCUAAGCGUAAAAAUAGCCGAAAUCAGGACAACACACUUAAUAGUUUAUCGCAAUGUAUGUGGAGGUAUGUGGAAAAUAACGAUACCGAAAACAGAAUACCUGGAACUAUUCUAGAAGUGAAAUGUGUUUGCUCUAGUCCCCUUUAUUCUAAAAAGAAGAGUGGUUUAGUGUGCCAAAGUGUUAUUGAAUAUAUAAGUGUGCUCAGAAAGGUUGGCUGUUCCAAUGGCGUUUUUGACUAUACACUUGUUUGGGAGCCACGUGCUGUAGCUUGUGUAGCAACAACGUUGCCAGAACCGAAAAGGUUGUACCCCAUUGCCCACAAGACGCCAGAAUAAAGAAUCUGCAUAGAGAAGUUGUCAAGAGAAUGUUUAAACGAAGCGAAUUGAAGAAAAAACCUGAUUAACAGUUCAAUUUAAAUCCCUUCACUAAAACAUUUCGACCAUAAUUGUCAUCUUCAGCGCCAUCGGAACAUUUUGAAAAUAUAUUUUCAUGUUCAGCGACAUAGAAAAAAGCAUAUUUUACUGUAUACUGUAUCACAGAUAACGUCAGCAGACUUUUUUGCAAAUCUAACCACUAUAAAAGCGUGUUUAAACUACUGGCACCAGAUCAGAAAGAAAAUGCCUCCGUACGUGUUAUACCCAACCCCUAGGUAUUCUGUAAGAACGAUGGUCGUGAA